GUACACGCAGAGAAAUUGGUGACAAACAGAAGUACUGAAUCGAAUAGUAAAAUGAAGUUACAAAGUUUCUAGUUUGAAAUACUUGACCCUUGUUAUCUUUACGACUAAUUACUCAUUCCUACUAAUCGUAUGUUUCAUUAUAUUAUUUGAUUAAUGUAGCUUACAAAAAAAUAUAAUUGAACAAAAACAUCAAUAAUUUAUGUAUCAUGAACAAGAAUUCUGUUAAUAUUUAUAUAAUGUAUUGUAAGUAAUAAGAAACAGAGAUUCGCAAUUACUAAAUGAUCCAAUUACGGUUAAUGAUUUACAAUGUUACUGGUAGACUACGAGUGUGUUUGUAAUCAAAACAAUAAUAUUUUUAUUACAACUACAUUAUUGUUUGCAGUACAUAUCGUUCGUAGCGUCACUUAAAAAUCGUUUAGUUUGGUUUACCCUUUAUGUAGUGUUAGGCCUUAACAAGACUAUUAUAGUAAAAACCGCACCGGAAACAGUAAACGGUACAAUGCAUGUAUUACUCCGUGCUAUUUGUUAGUGUGUUUUAAAAUAUUAUAAAAUAAUAAUGUUACAAUAACAAUCGAGGUGGUAUUCAUAGCAAAGUAUCUUGUACUGUUUAUCGAAAACUGUGUUUUUGUAAACAAACUCGCGCGCUCGCAUCCCGCCCCGCCACCGCCACCCGCACCCGAGCCGGCGUCCGGCUUGGCGGCCAUUGUGUUUUUGACCAGCGAGCGAGCGCAGUAUUGCAGAUUGAAUUUGAAGUGUUUUUCGCCUUUUUGGGUUAUUAUUACAAAACCAGUGACGAGAUGGAUGAUGACAUUGACCAAGACGUCCCUCAGUUAUUAAAGCAGUGGGGUUUACCCCAAUAUAUUCAUACUUUUCAAGUAAAUGAUAUAACAAUAUCAACCCUGUCAAUGAUAGACAGAGGUCUCGCCAAGGAACUAAUCCCGUCCAUUGGGGAUCGGGCCAAAUUCUUAAAAAAUUUAGAUAACUGGAUCAAAAUAACAAACCCAGAAUGCCCAGAAUUCAGCAGCUGCAGCUCUCCCCCUACAGUUUUUGUAGAUAUGCUUAAUCCCAAACACAAACAAAUAAAGAGUGUGAGUGAAUUUAUAGCCCCUUUGAACAAGAAUAAUACCUCUACCCAACUAAAUGAUUCCAAUUCCAUUAUACCUCCUACCAUUGGUGAGAAUGAGGAGGCUUGCUCUAGUGUGGAUCUGGAUAUGACCAUUUGUAAUGAAGAUGAAUUUCCGCCGUUGAAAAAUCUACUCUUAAAAUCGAAUGAAGGACAAGGCCUGCUAAAUUUAUAUUCAGAACAAGGCAAAUUAUCAAAUAAUGGGCGAAGAAAAGUUUGCAAUAUAAUAAUAAAAGACCUAAUGCAAUCAGACCCAAAUAAAAGAAUAGACAGUUCUCUACUUCUUACAAAAGCACAAGAAAUAACUGAAGUAUUCAAAAAGGAAAAUAUAAGUACUUACUUUAUUCCAUACAUUAAUGAUACUAAACUUAAAAUAAAAAGAUGUGCAAAAGGCAAAUUAUAUGACUGUCUACAAAACAGGCGCCGCGAAUUAAGGGAGGCUAAGGUUAUUAAAAAGAAAAAUGGCAGCAACAUCAACAAUAACAGCAACGAGCCAGAAGUCGUCGAAGAAGAUGGUGGUGCAGAUGAAGAUAUCCAGUGGCUCCAAAACUGUACAGAACCCUGGCAUUUAGUGAUAGAGAAGUGGCAAAAAACUUCCAAAAAUAGAUUGAAGGAAAUAGAGACUUCAGAAAUGACCAUCGGAGCAUACAUUAAUAAAUAUCCAGUGUUAAAAACGCCACGCGGGCAUGAGCUUCUUAUUGAAGAUUUUCAAUUUUUAUACCCAUUGUCAGGGAAUAAAUUAUUUGAAAUAUUCCCAACAAUAAAAAAUAAUAUAUUCAAGGUGGCUCUAUCUAAAACCCAAGUUACUGAAGUAAAAGAAAUACUGGAACAACUACAGCUUCUAAACAAAAAUGAUGAACAUUAUGAGGAAGUUGAGUCAAUACUAGCGUUCAUGCUGUUGCCGCUGCUCUUGGGAAACCCAACACACAGAACCAAGAAACAAGUGUGGCGGCCAUCCAAAGCUGAAGUAAAGGACGGCUUCAUUACACACGUGCUGAGACCAAUGGACGUGCAAGCCGCUAUAGCCCACAGACGUGAAAAAUAUUUAAGAUAUAAGCUAACGCUCCAACCGGUGAUUGUGAUUGUUGGUUCUUCUUAUACGGACAUACAAAAAUACUUUGUCGUAGUUAACGAUUUAUUUUUCGAAACGAAUUCAAUUUUAAAAGCAGUGGAUACAUGUUUUAAAAUUUUCCACUCUCUUCACUGUCAAUAUCCGACAGAGAGUGUGUGCGUGUGGAACUUCAUACAACUAGGACUAUACCAGUUAAAAACCAAGUGGGACAAAACCUAUAGCACUGUUAAUGCUUUCAUUACUGAUCUGGACAUUGAUCUUUAACAAUUUAAAUACUUAAUUAAUAAAAAAAAAGCCUGUUAAAAUGCCUAAAUGUUUUGUAUGUUAUGUAGAUUUAUCAACUUACAAACAAUUGUGUACUCACAUAACGUUAUAUCACCAGAAAUGGGGCUUACCUUUAAAUAAUUACAUUUGUUUGGAAGAAGAUUGUAAAAGGAAAUUUUUUCUCUUUAAUUCGUUUAAGAAGCAUUUAAAGAGUCAUCAAAAAGAAUCAAAUUCCUUAGAUAUUCAUGCCAAUGACAUAUCAACAAAUAAUUUAUUGAGUAUAGUCCCUCCAGUGACAAAUUCAACUACUUCUGAUAUACAUUCUAUGGAAAGUAAGUCUGUAACUAACAGCUCCUGUAAUUUAAAUAUUGAACCUAUGAAAAAUAUUGAAUCAGUUACCAACCCUAUAGCCAAGUUUGCUUCAUUGUUAUAUGCCAAUUCAGUUAUACCGCUUAAUGUGGUUCAAGAAAUAAUGGAAAACUUAAGUAACAAUAUUAUUUAGCCUUUACUUGAUCCUUCUUCAAUGCACGAUACCGUAAAAGAGGACUGUUACCAAACUACAUAUAAUAAAAUUGCAUCCUUAAAUGAGUCAAUGAAAGAUUUUGAAUCAGAACAUAAGAGGCUGUCUUACUUUAAACGUCAUGGUACAUAUAUAGAGCCCCAGGAAUAUACUGUUGGACAACGACUAGAGACAAAAUAUGACAGUAAUAAUCAUUGCAAUAUUACUACAGUGAAAGCAACAGCAAUGCAUAUUCCUUUAAACUUAAUACUUAAAAAUUUUUUUGAAAUGGAUGGUGUAUUGGAGGAAACUUUGCAAUUUUUUAAAACAAUUCUAAACAAUGAUAGUAAUUUAGUCCAAAAUAUAAUAAAAGGGUCUGAAUGGCAAAAAAAGCUUGCUUUACAUGAAGAUAAAAUUGUAUUUCCUUUGUGUCUUUUUUUUGACGAUUACGAAGUUGGUAACGCUUUAGGCAGUCAUUCAGGCGUACACAAACUUGGGGCUGUUUAUAUUAGUGUUAUGUGUAUUCCUCCCCAUAAAAUAUCACAUCUUGGUAAUAUAUUUUUAUCACUAUUGUUCCAUUCUUCCGAUCGACAAAAAUUUGGCAAUAAUGUUAUAUUUGCCCCAGUUAUUUCAGAUUUAAAUAAUUUAUUAGAAAAUGGAAUCGAGGUUUAUAAUUCUGGAAGGAAAACUAAACUCUAUUUUGAAUUAGCUGUUAUUAUAGGGGAUAACUUAGGUAUACAUACAAUCACAGGAUUUGCGGAAUCGUUUUCAUCCAACUAUCCAUGCCGUAUAUGUAAGAUUACUAAAGAAACUAUGAGAAAGGCUUAUGAAUGUGAUGAAUCUUUGCUACGUACUAUGCCCCAAUAUAUGGUAGAUGUAGAAUUACAAAAUGUUUCUGCUACAGGCAUUAAAGAUAAAUGUGUUUGGCAUGAGGUAAAAGGGUUUUCAGUUAUAGAUCAUGUUGGAGUUGACAUAAUGCAUGAUCUCUUAGAAGGAGUCUGUAAAUACGAUAUGAGUUUCAUUGUUUUGAGUUACAUUACCGACCUUAAAUAUUUCUCGUUAGAAAUUUUAAAUAAUAGAAUCAUUUCUUUUAAUUACGGACCUGAUAGAAGGAACACACCCCCAAUCAUUACAUUAGAUCAUUUGCAACGCAAUACUCUAAAAAUGUCAGCAGCAGAAACACUUUGUUUUGUAAGAUACUUUGGACUGCUAGUCGGUGACCUGAUACCCGAUCAUGAUGCAAUUUGGAAUAUUUAUAUUUGUUUGAGAAAGAUAAUGGACAUUGUCAUGUCAACUGUCAUUAAUAAAUCAGACUCAGAUUUAUUGAAAAGUCUCAUUUCCGAACAUAACUUCUUAUAUUUGGCAUAUAGUAAAAAAUCCUUAACUCCUAAAUUCCAUUAUCUUACUCAUUAUCCACAGAUGUUAAUUAAAUUCGGUCCCUUAGUAAAUAUCUGGUCGAUGAGGUAUGAAGCUAAACAUCGCAUAUCUAAGUUAUAUGCAAACGUGACCAAUAAUAGAAUUAAUAUUUGUAAAUCACUGGCUAUUAAACAUCAACUUCAAUUAAAUAAUAAGUUUAUCAGUAACACCUUCUUGAAACAGACUGACUGUGGAAGAAAAAAAAGCGUAAGCGAUAUGAGAAUUACUGAAAAUAUUGCAUGUCAAUUACAGUUAGAGUUGACAAAUUUAUAUAAAUGUAAUUGGGUCACAGUUAACGGAAUUAAGUACACUGCUAAUAUGACGUUAACGUUAGAUUUUUAUGAAGACAAAUUACUACCAAAGUUUGGCUUAAUCGAAAAUAUUUUUAUAGCCGAUGAUUAUUUUAUUAUUCUGGAGUGUUCUUUGUUUGAUACGUUAUGUUUUAAUGAACAUUUAUAUUGUUUUGAUGUAGAAUUAUUAAGUGAUAGAAAUACUUAUUUUUUUUCCUUAGGAAACAUUGCUAGUUACGUGCCAAAUAAUUUGACACUUAGUGUUGAUGGUAAACAUUAUCAUGUUACGCCACGAUCUUCAAUUUAGAUAUUUAAUUGAUCUCAAUCUAAGACUAAUUCAAGUUACAACCCCGAAUGUCUGUAUAUUAAGAAAAAAUAAUACUUAUAAUUUAUAACAUUUAUAACUAAUUAGCCGGGUGUCCACUGGCCGCACGCCUCGCGAGGCAGCGCCGCGCGCGCAAAACGUCCGUGCUCAUGUGCGCACGUUUGCCGCGCCCGAGGAAAUUUAUUCGGCAAGAUGGCAGCCGAUAGUCAGUUGUUCAAAAUAGUUUUUGUACAUAUUUAUUCCCGUGGCACGUAAUUCAUGGUUUUCGCAUUUUCUUUUGGGUAAAGAUUAAUAAAAAAAGUAAAUCAUUCACGAUUUACGGCAGAAACAUGUGCACUCAUUGCAAAACUAUUUUGAACAGCUGACUGAUGGCCGCCAUCUUGCUGAGUUUUAUAUGUGUUUUAUAUGUGUGUGAUAUCGCAGCUUGCUCGCCGCGUGCUCGCGGCGAUAUUAAUGCUAGUGUGAACAGGCUCUAAUAGGGCCCCAUACUUUACAAGUUGAAUGUAGAAAUGAUAAGUAUAAGGGACGUCGACGCUGAAAAGACGCCUGAACGGGUAGCAUGAUCGCGCGAAAAGUGAUAAAACAUCUCCCUAUCGCACUAUUAGUAAGUGCGAUAGGGACGGAUGUUUUAUCGCGCGAUCAUGCUACCAAUGCAGAUGUGAGGGGCCGUAAUGUGUAAGUGUAAUUUCUAUGGACCAAUGAUUGUGAUGAUUAUAUUAAAAUAAAUGUCAUUUUUCUCUGUA